CUCAUUCUGCCAUCACCAUGGCAGCCAUGCUGUCACUUCCGCCUGUGAACUGGUGGUGUGAGACAUCCCAGAAAGCAUCAGUGUGGCAGUGAUCGUCUGUGCAAAAGAGGAAAUCAUGGAGAAAGAGGAAGAGACGAUGAGAUGAGAAGUGCAUACGAAGAUAAUGAAGAUGAGAACAGUGUCUCUAGUAGUGUGGUUUGCUCAGCUUCUAAUAGCUUGGGCUCUCUAUGACAAUCCACGGACCACAGGUGGCCUGGAAGAAGUUACUACAGCAAACCCACAACUCACCACAGGAACACCAGCAACAAAGAAGCUCGGGACAACAACAACAACAACAACAACUCAGACUAUGAAACCACCUGCAAUUGCAGAGACAACAGUGUCACCACCGGCAGAAGAGUUCCUAACAAAGUGGACUCAACAUCUAAUGUCCACCGCGCAACCAUCAACAGCCAGACUUCACGACAAUGAACAGGAAGCACUGAGCAGUUCCCCGAAUUCAGCAGGAAUGGAGAAUGUAAGUAACGCAAUCAGCACCACUCACUACAAAGUCAUGAAUCUUGGACAAACUGUCUCUUCUAAACCUGCAAGCCUGAAAGAAAAAAGUAGUGAAAAUCCAGAAACAGGAACAAGAUCUGGUGUUUUUACCACAGGACUCAAAACAGAAGAUCUCACAAGUCAGGACAGAGUUCAUACGGGACACGCAAUGGACAUAAACCACUGGGGAAGUGGAACAUCCCUCCAGACAGAUCACCCUGUCCAAACAAACUCUUCCCAAACAACCCAUGAAAACAGCACAGUCCAGCACAUAAAUGCUGUACCUUCUUUAACGCAUGACUUGGAUAGUGAAGUUACCACAGGAUAUAUCAUUACCACACCCAAGACAGCCAUUGUGACACAAGUGAUGCCCGACAAUGGCAAAUACAUAUCUAUGCAAAAUACAGAGGGACCCCUGGUGUCCAGCACAAGUUCGGAUACAGUGUCUCCAGACAUUGACACAAAUCAGGAGAGAGCAGAAUGGAUGGAAAAUGUUACCACAACUCAAAGAAAUAUGCACAAUGUAACAAACACCAUUUGGAUAGACAGUUUGCCGACCCAGAGGAGUGAAGGAAGCUACAGUUUCACGACAGAGCAACAAGGUCACACCACAGCAAAUGACAACACAACACAAAUUGAGCUGGACACAUACGUUGAAAACCAAACAACAUCUGGAAACAGCACAGUCGGGUACAUGAAGACUGAGCAUGGCAAGCACAGUCAAGCUACAACAGGACAUUACAUCACAACAAAUAUGACACCAGUCACAUCUUCAGAUGGUAAAAACAUAUCCAUGGAGAAUACAGAGAGACCUCUAGUGACCAGCACAAAUGCGAACACAGUUUCAGCAGCAUCCUCAAAAGAAAGCCAGGAAUGGAAAGAAAAUGUCACCAAAACUCAAGGAACUAGAACAUACACCACUAGAACAUACAGCAGAACCAGAACAGAGACCACUGACAAACACGGCAACUCUGUCUGGAGCACUUCUCCAGCCAUUACCUUGACAUCUAACAGCACAGAAGCUGUAACAACAACGAACCAGUCCAGACAGGCUGAAUGGGCAGUGUGGCCAGAUUGUUUCAAUAAAGACUCUUCAACUCAGACUCAGCAACCAUCUAAAGUGGUCUGUUUCAUUAUAAUGUGGAGUCUGGGGAUGAUUGCUUCUAUCUUUCUAGGCCUCACCAUAUUCCUAUGGGCACGUCUGUCUGUAGUGAAAAAGAGGGCAAAACGAAGAGGACGGAAGGACAGAAGAGGAAAGAGGUCUGCAAGGAAAGAGAGAGAGAGCUUGUGGGUGACAGAUGGAGUGUCCGCAGAUGAAAGAGUGGAAUUCUGGUACGCCAACGGAUCUACGCUGGAGGCAGACAAGAAACAGAAGGGGCAGGAGAAAGAGAACAGGACAAAGAGGAAAGGUGGGAAACAGAAAGAAGAGAACACAGAGGACAUGUGGAUACAGCCUAAGGUGACGCUGCAGGACAUAACUGAAUUCUGGUAUGCAAACAGACGAGUGAGAAACGAGGAGGGAAUGGAGAGACAGCGGGAAAUUAGUGGGCAAUAAGACAAAAGUGGAUCUACAUGGACUGACAGUGUGUGUGUAUCGGUGAAAGAGAGAGAAAUCUCAAAAUUCAUGUAUGACUAACAAAUUUUCAUUCUCAAACCAGAUGUAUUAAUAGGAUAGGCUAACAUUUUUCCAAACACUCUGAUGCUGAAUCUGUAGCAUAUUGUUCAUUACCAUGGACAAUAAUAUCUCUGCAUUUAGAAAAGAACUGGAAAGACACUUAUAAUAGAAGCUCUUGCCCAUUGGCUUCUACUAUAAAUGUGUUUUACGUCAACGGGAUUCUAAUGACUACCAAAUCCAAUAGUUACUGCUGUGGUCAACAGUCAUCUUGGAAAAAUGGUAGUGAACAGGCUGAAACCUGAACAAUAUAUAGUUUUUCUGCUAAACAAAAUGGCCAAAGUAUUGAAUUACUGUUAAAGUACCAUAUGAAAUAAGACCAAUUCCACUUCAAGAUUUGUAAGACUGUGCUAAAAUAGAGGCUAGUAAGUAGGUUUAGAGAACCACCGUCUCUGAAAAGGCCCCUUUGACUGACAUGCCAAACAACCAAUCACCGAUGUGUAGUGCGACAUGCCCAUAACAAACCAAAUUCACAUUAAAUGAAGCGUUACACCAAUCUACCCACGCAUGAGAACAUCUCUUUUGCUUGCCAAUAACGGCUUCAAAAUAAAAUUCAAGGAACUCUUAAAAAGGGAUAGCAUCACAUUUUUCCCGGUCAGUGACUAUAUCUCGCUCCGAAAGACUCACUGACGUGCAGAGACGACAACUGACUGCUACGAGCCUUAAGCUGGAUAAACAAAUGUUUGUUUCCCAUCAGGCCGAUGAAACCAGUGCAGGUUAACCAGAGUCAGUUUAAAUCCCCAUGGGAGGCAAGAUUCUGUAAGCUGUGGUGAUUCAGCUGGCAGUUCACAUCAGACAGCCUGUGUAAUUCUGCAGAAAGAGUCCCUGAGGCUGAAACUUACUGAUGUACAGCAAACGAAUCUGCUGUCCCAACCCUUAUUAGUAAGCAACUAACAAAAUAUUUUCCACUGACAUCUGGAACACGUUUUUUGUCACCAUGGACUAAUCGACUACUUUUUUCAGUGACUAGUCAAAUGAAUAGUCAUGCAACCCCUAUUCUGUCAAAAUGAAUCAGAAUUACUGGUCAUGCUAAUUAACCAUAUGCUAGGAUGCCUCAGACAGAUUUUACAUUAAAAAUGCUAAAGCUGUUCUUUACAGUAUAAUGUUAACACUUGUGGCUUAUUAUGUACUAAGGCUUAAUAGUCAGUAAGUACAGGGACUUCAAUGCAAACUAGCUGAGCUAUUCUUAGGUUAUAGACGUGUAUAAUAAAACUUUGGGCCUGCUGGCAGGCCCUGGCAUAUGUAAGGUGUUAAACAUAACCAAAUGCCCUGUUAACCAUACAAUAUUUUGCUACUGUAUGUUUUAACAUAAUGAGUUUUCAGCUCAAUACCCAGUUCAUUACCAGCACACCUUUGCUGGUCAGUUCUGGCCAUUGCUGUGUUAUCUUUUUCAAUACAGACAGUGUAUCCAGCUUUUAUAAAACAAAGAUGUGCUGUAACACAUAUCAUAGACACAGCUGUGUGAAAAAAGUGUCAUUUUUAAGAAUGUAUGUAUAUCAAUUUCAGUAUUUUUGUUUGGUUUAAUAAAUUAAAUAUAAACAGAAUCUCUUCUUUUCAAUGGGCAAGAAUUUAAACUAUGUAUGAAGUGUUACUCUGUUACAAUGAUAGGAAACUGUAACUAUACAUUAAUGUUUAAUUUUCAUAAAAGCCACAUAAAUAACUAA